AUGAGGCUGUCUGCGGGGACCGUGCUCUGCCUCCUGCUCCUCACCUGCUGCUGCCAUCACAGGGGCCUGGGGGCCCGGAGCCACGGCUGUCUCUUUGAUCUGCGGCUUUGUUCUAAGGAGGAGGUCUGCGUACAGGAUGGUUUAUUCGGUCAGUGCCGUGAUCGGUCUGAAAGGGACGUGGGCCAGUUCCAGGUGACGCCGGGUACGCUGCAGCAGCUGCAGGCCGUACUACGGCGACUCACAGCAAAAGGGCUGUCGUGGAAGGAUGAUGUAACGCAACGUGUAAUGGCUCAUGAGAUGGGACGGAUCCCGCAGCAUAAGUCCCUGGAGCCACUUGACCUUCUGGAUGAGGACAGGUCUUCUUUGCCCCUUUCACCUGGGCGCUCUAUUCAGCGCCUUACGGGGGCAGGUCCACUGCAGAGAUGGAGCAGUCGUGCUGAUACCCUGCAGUACUUCAGACCUCGGGUUUCUUCAUCAGAUUCUUCAACUCUGUCUCAAAGGCUUCCUGGGAACUUCAAGCAGAACAUUUCUCCUCUGUUGGAUCGUUACCUGACAUACUCCCUGCUGAGUUUACAGUCGGCCAAUCCUCAGCCAAGCUAUCAGGACCUGACCCGCGCAAGGAACCCAACUCACCAUGCUCACUUUGCUGCUACCCACACCCGGCCAGACGGAACCAGAAGACUUAUCUAUGGGAGGUAUGAAGGAGGACGGGACACCCCACCACUGCCCCUGCAAGUGCCCAGUGAUAUACAUCAGUCUUGGUCAGAACUAAGGAGGAAGCUUCCCCGCGGGAGCCUUGACAGCUUGGCAGAUGACGUAUCAGAAAGCUCUGAGAGGAUCGAGAGGAUGAGCCAGAUGAACCGCAUGCCAGAUGGCGACCAGAACCAUCAGCCAGAAAGUCGAGAGGAAGGUGGACGGACAUUCAGAGGUUCGAUUGGAAUUCAGAACACAGCGGAGGCUCAAUCAGCGCCAGAGGUGUCCGGCCUAUUAGACGCGCAGAGCUUAGCCGGCGUCCUAGAGAAAUUCGGAGUCGACUUGAAGCAGCUCAGCGAAUCUCAGCUGGAGCAACUGUCAUACCUUCUCCAAAUGCUCCAGUUAGAUGCUCCCCAGAAUCAGGGAAGAAGAGGUGGAGACAGAAGCCCACCAAAACGAAUCUCAGAAGGCGAUAUGCAGCAUUCUUCUGGAGCUCAGCCCCCCUUCCCACCUCCAGACAUUAUCCCAAGGGACAUCUCUCCAGCCCCUGUGGCCCUUAAUGCUGACCAACGGGACGAGGAGCGCGUCAUGAGUGCCACCCCCGCCUCUAUUACCACCCACCUGGCACCUGACGCACAGACAUUGGGAGAACAACAAGCUCAUCUGCUGGCCGCCAUCAGAGACGAUUCCCAGAAGAGCCUGGAGAAGAAAAGUUACCAAGAAACUGGAGAAACACCUGAUGGUUCGGAGAAGAAACCCCAAGAAGCUACUGAAGACUAUGGAUACAUCCUAACUGAUCAGAAGCCUCUGAGCCUGUAUAAUGGGUUUCGCCUCUUGGAUUUCCUGGCCCAAAGCGUCCACAUGUCCACGUCCAGCUUCAUCAACAUCAGUGUGGCUGGAUCUGCUGUGACAUUUCGGAUCAGAAAAAAUCGGCAAAACCUCACACUAACGGAUAUUACCGAUCAUGCAAUGGCUCUGAAGUCGGAUCUGCAAACUGCGACAGGCAUAAAGAUUGUCCAGACCGGCAUCGGACAGAGGAGCAAUGCCACCGGCACCACCUUCCCCCAUGCUUCUCACUUUGGGGACACUUUCCGAUUUGUUCUCCUUAUCUUCAUCGCACUGGCCUGCAUAGCUGGAAUCGUAAUCGCCUCUGCUGUGAUCUUCUGUUUACGACAACAUGCCAAGCAGCGGGAAAAAGAGCGACUUGCAGGGCUUGGGCCUGAAGGAGCCGGAGACUCCACCUUUGAGUAUCAGGACCUUUGCAGGCAGCACAUGGCUGGAAAAUCUCUCUUCAGUCGCACAGAGGGAGCGGGGGCAGCGGCGGAGAACUCCCGUGUAAGCAGCGUGUCUUCCCAAUUUAGUGAUGUCCCACAACCAAGCCCUAGUUCCCACAGCAGCACUCCGUCCUGGUGUGAGGAGCCCGUGCAGUCUAACAUGGACAUUUCUACCGGUCACAUGAUCCUGGCAUACAUGGAAGAUCAUAUGAGAAAUAGGGAUCGUCUGGCCAAGGAGUGGCAAGCCCUGGGUGCCUACCAGGCUGAGCCAAGCACCUGCUCUAUUGCCAAGAAUGAUACCAACCUGAAGAAGAAUAGGAAUCCAGACUUUGUACCCUACGACCACGCGCGUAUAAAGCUGAGGAGCGAUAACAACCCGUCCCGCAGCGAUUAUAUCAACGCCAGUCCCAUCAUUGAACACGACCCUCGUAUGCCGGCUUACAUCGCCACCCAGGGGCCCCUCUCUCACACCAUUGCUGAUUUCUGGCAGAUGGUUUGGGAGAACGGCUGCACAGUGAUAGUGAUGCUGAGCCCCCUGGUGGAGGACGGGGUUAAGCAGUGCGAUCGCUAUUGGCCUGAUGAAGGAUCCUCUCUCUACCACAUCUAUGAGGUGAAUCUUGUGUCUGAACAUAUCUGGUGUGAAGAUUUCCUGGUUCGCAGUUUUUACCUAAAGAAUGUCCAAACCCAAGAGACCCGAACUCUUACACAAUUCCACUUCCUGAGCUGGCCAGCAGAGGGCAUCCCCAGCAGCACUCGCCCAUUGCUGGACUUCCGCAGGAAGGUGAACAAAUCUUUCCGAGGACGAUCCUGCCCCAUUAUUGUGCACUGCAGUGAUGGAGCCGGGAGGACCGGGACCUACAUCCUCGUAGACAUGGUUCUGAGUCGCAUGGCUAAAGGAGUUAAGGAGAUCGAUAUUGCUGCCUCACUAGAACAUGUCCGGGACCAGAGGCCAGGGAUGGUGCGAACCAAGGAUCAGUUUGAAUUCGCCCUGACGGCUGUGGCCGAGGAGGUCAACGCGAUUCUUAAGGCUCUGCCGCAAUGAGAACGUGGUGACCAAGGUUCCCCACUCAAGGUUGUGACCUGGUACUGCCUUACGGAGAUGGCAGCUCGAUCCGUCCUCAAAUACCCGUUCGGUGUUCUCUCUGCUCAUCAUGCCAGGGAGCCAAGGCUGCCCUUCCAUGCCCCUACUGCCUAUCCAAGCUUUUAUCCCAGUACUGCCUGAUUUCUAGCCCAACAUUUGCUACCUCGUCCCCCAUGCUUCACCCCUGAGCUGCUAGUACCUCAUUAUCAUGUAGUCAUGUCUGUUCAUGUUUCCCAGCAGCAAACUGGUUCUUAGUCUCCUAAGUUCUCUGGGGUGAAAUCCAAACAAUAACACUUAUAGCAAAGGGUCUUACAUCUGGAAUACAACGUUCUAGAGACCUGUACACUCCCUGUUUUAUAUCCCUUCAUCCAUGAUCUUAUCACAAGUGCACCUUUAAAAGAUAUUUCUAUAUAUUCCACGUGGGGAUCAGUCUAUAUCUGGUGGAAGCCUGCCGGUAAUUCCAGUGAAAGCUCCCAUACUGGUGAACAUCCCUGUAUAUAAAGCUGAAUGAAAAGUUAUGCAACUUUGUAAUAAACUUAAUGUUUCAAUGUCUCACCAUCUUGGCUUGCAGUCAGUGAAUAGGAACAUCAUUUGAAUUCAUAGCUUGAAAACCCAAGACCAGAUUCUUCUCACACCUGUGGGAUUGCUAUAAUUGUAUCCAGUCUAGACAAUACAUCAGUGUCUCCUGUGCUGAUAGUUUGCUACAAUGUAUCAGUGCUGGUAAAAUGUAACAGUCUGGGAUCAUAAGAUGAUGAUGAUGAUGAUGAUUGGGGGGCAUUUAACAACCCCUACAUCAGAAAGCUGGCUAUAAAAAGUAUCAAACUAUGGAUCUGAAACUUUUAAAAAAUGUCAUUUAUGCAAAAAUGGCGCUUUAACCCCACCCUUGCCACUUUUCAAAAAAGUGGGCUUGAUGUGGGCGCCUAUCAUCCCAUGAAGUUUUAUCUACAUUUACAUGACUUUUCUGGCAUAGCUGAUGACUGAAAUCUACACCAGCUGACAAAGAGUUCAUUCCAAGUGCACCCAAUGCCAGAGGAUGCACUUAAUUUAUGAUGUGGCUGGCGGUGCUUGAGAUAUCAAGACCGGCAUACAAAACACUUAAUAGAUGACCCCCAUUGUUGUUUGCAUCCCAUCCAGAAACUGAAAACCUGUACAGACCUGAUACUUCUCACAGCUGAGGGUUUGUUACAGUUGUACCCAGACUAGACAAUUGUAUGUGGGAAACAUUUUACCUGCGUUGUUACAUUGUAUCAGAUUAUCAGGGCAGGACAAAAGAGAUUACUGCUGCUGAUGCCAGGAUUAUCUAUAUUGAGUACAAAUGUAGCAAACCCUCAGCUGUGAGCAGGACCAAGCAUGUUCCACUUUUCAGGCUCUAGAUCUAAAAAAUGCUUCAAUUCAUUGACAAGAAGCAGACGUCUAGUAAAUGGUAAUACCUUGCGGGUUUUACAUGAGCUGCGCUAAUCUCUCUCAUGUAUUAGGCCUGUAGAGUUUACCAAUAACCAGGACUAUUUAAGUUCACUGACAGCAAGCAAGGAUUUUGAAUUGAAACACAAAGGGUUUAAAGACGGGAAUCGUUGCCUGACCAUAGGUGUUGGUGUCUAGUGGGGGGGGGGUGAUAUGUGACGCCCGCCCCUCAUAUUCCGUCCUGUCCGAUCUUCUCUGUAUCUGAAUAUGCUGCAUUCUCCGCUGGGGAUUGGCAUGGGGGGAGGCACGAGACGAGGUAGCGCUUUCACUGCCCAGCCUUACACCCCCUUUAUGUUUUCUAGAUCAUAACGCAUCGUACUUCAUCGCCAAAAAUCAGAGAAUCAUUUCUAGAGAGAUAUAAUAGACUUUAAUUUUGUAUAUUGAUGUGAAUAAAGUAAUUGUGUUUCG